AUGGAGGAGAGGGAAGUGAAGGAGAGGGAGGUGGAGGAGAGGGAGGUGGAGGAGAGGAAGGUGGAGGAGAGGGAAGUGAAAGAGAGGGAGGUGGAGGAGAGGGAGAUGAAGGAGAGUGAGGUGGAGGAGAGGGAGGUGGAGGAGAGGGGUGUAGUGGAGAGGGAGGUGGUGGAGAGGGAGAUGGAGGAGUGGGAGAGGGGAGUAGAGGAGAGGGAAGUUGAGGAGACGGAGGUGGAGGUGGAGGUGGAGGAGACGGAGGUGGAGGAGACGGAGGUGGAGGAGACGGAGGUGGAGGAGACGGAGGUGGAGGAGACGGAGGUGGAGGAGACGGAGGUGGAGGAGACGGAGGUGGAGGAGACGGAGGUGGAGGAGACGGAGGUGGAGGAGACGGAGGUGGAGGAGACGGAGGUGGAGGAGACGGAGGUGGAGGAGACGGAGGUGGAGGAGACGGAGGUGGAGGAGACGGAGGUGGAGGAGACGGAGGUGGAGGAGACGGAGGUGGAGGAGACGGAGGUGGAGGAGACGGAGGUGGAGGAGACGGAGGUGGAGGAGACGGAGGUGGAGGAGACGGAGGUGGAGGAGACGGAGGUGGAGGAGACGGAGGUGGAGGAGACGGAGGUGGAGGAGACGGAGGUGGAGGAGACGGAGGUGGAGGAGACGGAGGUGGAGGAGACGGAGGUGGAGGAGACGGAGGUGGAGGAGACGGAGGUGGAGGAGACGGAGGUGGAGGAGACGGAGGUGGAGGAGACGGAGGUGGAGGAGACGGAGGUGGAGGAGACGGAGGUGGAGGAGACGGAGGUGGAGGAGACGGAGGUGGAGGAGACGGAGGUGGAGGAGACGGAGGUGGAGGAGACGGAGGUGGAGGAGACGGAGGUGGAGGAGACGGAGGUGAAGGAGACGGAGGUGGAGGAGACGGAGGUGGAGGAGACGGAGGUGGAGGAGACGGAGGUGGAGGAGACGGAGGUGGAAGAGACGGAGGUGGAGGAGACGGAGGUGGAGAAGACGGAGGUGGAGGAGACGGAGGUGGAGGAGAGUGAGGUGGAGGAGAGUGAGGUGGAGGAGACGGAGGUGGAGGAGACGGAGGUGGAGAAGACGGAGGUGGAGGAGACGGAGGUGGAGGAGACGGAGGUGGAGGAGAGUGAGGUGGAGGAGACGGAGGUGGAGGAGAAGGAGGCGGAGGAGACGGUGGUGGAGGAGAAGGAGAUGGAUGAGAUUGGGGAAACACAAAUUUAG